UUUGCCUCAGCUCUGUGCCCAUACUAACAACUUUUCAGCAUUUUGUGUGUCACCGGUGCCAGGGGAGCAGCUAGUCCACAGGAGUGACCUCAGGGGGACACCCUGAGGCACAGUCAUCCCUGCUAACCAGGAAGGCUCGUUAGCUCGCGUUCAGUUGUCUCUAUCUCCUGGGCAGCCACCCCCCCCCCCCUUCCUGGCUUUCCGUGCUGCCAGCACCCACACACUCCCCCGACCACUGCAGUGCAGCCUCUGAAAGGCUCCGUGCCUCUGAGGAGCCCCAUGACAGCUGCCCACCCUGCUGACAGUGGGGGCCAAGGUCUCUGGCCCCAGCGAGCCCCCACCCGGGCACUGGUGGAGCUGAACUCUCCUGCUCCCCACUCCCAGGGCUUGGUGCUCCAGCACAAUGGCAUGGUGGGCACCGGCUGCCUGUCCCCACACGGAAGCUCUGAGCAUUCAGGCUUGAGUUUCGUUUCUGGAGAAAUGAAAGUGGAAGCAAGAGUCCUGCCCCUCCCUUGCACAGCUCUUCCCUCUCGCACUCCAGCAGUGCAGUACAAUUGGAGAAGCCACUGUGCCAGCAGCAGGGUGAGAAGCACCAGGUUCAAGCAAACCCUGGUGGGAUUCCUCAGGCUGGGACUAGGGUAGGAGUGCUUGCACCAAGCGCUGGUGGCAGUGCAGGGAACUUGGCAUCAUUAAGACAGCGUACCCUACACUGAGUUCUGCGGCUCAAGCACUUGAAGGCAGCACAGACUCCAAGGAUUCUUUGCUUCUGCCAGCACAGCAGAGUUCUGCUGGCUGUUUUCCUAGAGCCCUGCGGACCAGGACACAACCACUGCAGUACCAGGCUUCGUGUCCCCGAUGGACUCCUUGCACCAAAACCAGGGCCCUGGCCGUGCUCCAGCGCAGGACGCUCAGAGCAGGAUGUUGGCGGAGCAAGAGGAGCGUCGUAAAAGCCGAUUGCAGAUCAGCGGGCAUCUCUUCAUCAAGCGGUUCUUGAUUUUGCUGAAUGAGAAGCAGCUGGCCGAAGACAUCAAAAAGCAAUACAUAGAAAAGGUGCUGCACGCGGUGUUCUUCUUCGGAAGGGUGCACAAGAGGAUGGUGAAACCCACUGACUUCCUAGGGCCCAGGAUUUACCAGAGUCUGCGGGCGAAGUUCCCCAGACCGUUCGAACAGUACGACACCCACCUCCCUGGCCUGACACCCUACUCCAUCCUGCUGCAGUUCGGCACUGAAGUAGCAGGCUGCAGCACCCAAGAGCAAAUGGAGUCUUUCUUGCGUGACUUUAACAACACUCUGCAAAACGAAUUACAGCAAGAAGCCAACCUGAAGCCCAGUGAGUUCGUCUUCAGAGCUGCAAUUGUUGCUUUCAGCAUCUACAGAGACCCCGAGGAUGGAGCAGCCCCCCCUCUCUUUUACGGAGCAUCCCUGUCCUGCAGCGGGCUGCUGGAGAGGAAGAUCAUGAUUGACAUCCUGUGCAUAAAGACGUGGCACAAGGCGGUGGCGUUCGCGGUGCACCACGGGGAGCACGAUCUGGCCAUUGUGUUCCCUGACAAGGUACAGUGCCGGGCCUUCUACUACAGGCACGGAGCCUUCAUGGAAAAGCAGCCCUGCGUGAAAUGCAGGGAGAUGUUCCACGUUGACUUCCAGCCACCCGCAGACGGCACCAGGGAAAAUUCCCAAUGGCCAUACGGUAACUGUGCCGAGAACGAGAGCCUGAGCAAGCUGCUGCAGGGCAUCCCGGGGCUGCAGGAGAGGGUUGUCUCGACACACACUCCCCCCCAGCCAAACACCUAUCAGGCCAUAGAGCAAGAAUUUACAGACAGCAUAGAAAGCAGUUUUAGAAAUCACCUUGUCCAGUUGCUUCAGGAAAAUAAUUUAUUUUCUUAUCAUCCUCUGCAACUCUUUUGAGCCCAGGUGAGUGCUGGAGAGGUAGCCGCGGGCUGGUACUUGCUGCAGCUCACGAGACACCGACUGCAGCACCCCUGCAGCUCCGCCUGCCCCCACCCAUGAACUCCCGCAGACCCCCACCUUCGCACAGCCUCCCCGGGCCACCUUGCUGCACUCUGGCUGGUGCAACACACGCGGGGCCACAGCAGUCAGGAGCGCUGCGUGCAUGCAGCCCCAGCCCAGGCUCCCAGCCCCACUGACCCAAGCACUAGGACUGCUCUUGCAGAAGGUACCAGCACAGCCCCAGCAGGAGGGCAGGAAAGCCUUCUCGCCCUGCCUUUAUGUUGCUUCCAAAACCAGGCUGUGUGCUCACAGGAGAGUCUGGACAGGACACAGAAGAGGCAAAAGAGCAGCCUCUGAAUGGCACGAGGCAGCCCAGCUACGUGUCUGCAAACUGCGCAGCGACGGGGUAUCCGUUUGCUCCUUGCUAGACUCAGCAGCACAGGGCUCUGCUUUUAAUCUGUGUAAAUAAAGAUGUUAAUGUGAUUUUCAAUUACUUACCUGAUGAUUUGCAACUGAAACUAUUCAUUUGAGA